AUGCAAUACUGGAUCGUUCUCUUCCUCCUUCUUGACAGCAUAUUUGCGGCCACAGUUCAACCAGUCAAACCUACAAAAGACAAAUUUUAUACCCCUCCAGAUGGUUAUGAGGAUCUGGAAGUUGGUACGAUACUCAAAUUCAGAAAAACACCCUUACCCUUGACUGGUAUCAUCAAUACUGUGAAUGUUAAAAACUCAUGGCAGUUUCUUGUUAGAUCCGAAGAUACGUUUGGUAAUCCCAAUGCCUUUGUAACAACCGUGAUGGAACCAUUUGAUGCCAAGCCAGAUAAAGUGGUUUCCUAUCAAACGUGGGAAGACUCAGCCGACUUGGAUUGUUCGCCUUCGUAUGCUAUACAGCAGGGUUCAGGUUGGACGACACUAAUUACCCAGUUUGAGAUGUACUUCAUGGGAGCCUUGUUAGAUCAGGGCUAUUAUGUGGUUACUCCCGAUUACGAAGGUCCAAAGAGUACCUUUACAGUUGGUUUGCAAUCAGGAAGGGCCACGUUGAACUCAAUUAGAGCCACACUUAACUCUGGUAAUUUGACUGGUAUUGACCCUGGAGCUGAAGUUAUCAUGUGGGGCUACUCGGGUGGUACUAUAGCUUCAGGUUGGGCUGCAGCUAUUCAAAAUGAAUAUGCCCCGGAGUUGAGUGACAACUUGAUUGGUGCCGCUCUUGGUGGAUUUGUUACAAAUAUCACUGCUACAGCAGAAGCAGUAGACGGUGGUAUUUUUGCUGGUCUCGUUUCAAACGCGUUGGGUGGGUUGGGCCAUGAGUAUCCAGACUUGGCGGAAUUCAUGGACAAGAAAGUGAGCCCUCAGCAAGAGCCAAACCUUGCCAAAAGUGACACGCAUUGUUUGAUAGAUAGUAUUCUCGACAACUUGGGUACCGAAUAUUUUACUGGAGAGAGCAAAUGGUUUCCUGACGGCUGGAAAGUGUUUGAAAUGGAGCCAGUCGAUACAAUUGUAAAAGACAAUGGCCUUGUCUAUCAACCAAGAAAUUAUACCCCACAAAUACCAAUUUUUAUUUACCAAGGCACACAAGAUAAUAUCGUCCCCAUAAAAAGCGCCAAACGUACUUUUCAACAAUGGUGUGAAUGGGGGUUGGAGUCAGGUGAGUUUGCCGAAGAUGAGGCUACGGGUCACAUUACAGAAGUAUUUGUAGGAGGACCGGCCGCAUUGACUUGGAUCAACAAUAGGUUUGAUGGUGUGCCGCCAGUGCAAGGGUGUAAUCAUACGUCAAGAGCAUCAAAUUUUGAUUAUCCUGGUUUGAGUCAAUCAUAUGUCGAUUAUUUCACUGCUGCUUUGAAUAUAGUUCUUGGAAUGGAAUUGGGCCCAUUGCUGAAGAGAGAUAUCAACACAAUACAAGAUUUGAAUGAUUUGGAGUACGUAAAAGUUUAG